AUGCCUUCACGACUUCAGGGGGACGAAUCAAUAUCUGAGCAUUUCAGAACAGACAAAGUUCUCCGUCUUCAGACACGGGACAUCGGUGGACUAGCAACACAUAAUGAUACUGGCACAGCGAAGUCAAAGUGUCCAACUUUCCUUCUUCUUUUAAAGUCUCCAAACCUGUCCAGUGGAAAUAGAUUUGUUAAUAUCCAAAGUGUAGAAUACCUGGAAAUCAAAAUUCAUGGUUGCAGGAAACAAAACCAGAGCUUUUUGGGAAGUGAAGAAGAAAGAAUAUUUUUUUUACAAAAAAAACAGGGCAGGUUUGUAGAACUAGAAAAGAAUUUACUUCCCCAAUCUUUAUCAGAAGGCAAAAGUGAAGAGGAGAUGCCUGAACCUGGAUUAUCGGAGGGUGAAAUUAAUUUCCUUAACGUCGUCACCUCACCACACACACAGAGAGAAUUACGAAAACACCUUCAUCGGUUUAUUUGCAGUGAAACCAAAUAA